GACUGAUCCUGAGAGGAUUAAAUUUACUGAAAAAAGUAAAAUCGUAAUGACAAUUUCAAUAUUACCACAAGAAGAUUUUGAUAAAAGCAAAAUGAGUUCGAAUUAUGGUCAAAUUAAUAAAAAAGGAACUCUUCUAAUUGAAUUAUAUGAUACUGGUAUUGGUUUUUCACGAGGUGAUAUUUCGAUUGCCAGAAAACAAGAGGUCACAAGACUUGGUCUCACAAUUUGUAAAAGUCUAGUAGAAAUUAAUGGAGGUGAAAUUAAUACUGAAAGCCAGUUAGAAGAAGGAACAUUCAUCAGCCUUUAUGAAGAUAAUGAAGAAGAGGUUAUGAAAAUAUCAUUAAAAUUAAAAGUGUUAGAUAUAAAUAGCAAUAGGCUAGCUAUAAUUUUUAUAGUAUUUCUGAAUAAUGAAGGAAAUAGUUUAGCAAAAAAAUUAAUCAGAGAAGUUGGAGAAAUCACUUCUGUUAUUUAUAUGCCAAUUACAAGAAAAAAGUUAAUUAAUCAAAUUAUAUAUCUGAAAAAAAACAGUGCUGCUAGCAAAAAUAAUACAAAUCCACAGAUCAAUGAAAGCAAAUAUACAAAUAUUCUUAA